GAGCGGGGCAUUUACCGAUCUUCAGACUACGUGACGGACCGAUUUUAAAAAAUUAUUACACAACCAUUGCCAACCACUUGAAGACAAAAACUCAAGGUCCAACCACAGUGAGCCAUUAUUUCUGCUGUGGAAUUUUUAUCUGCUAGUUUCUUCUGUGAAGGAAAGUCUGAUAACUAAAGGAAAUGGGAGACUGGGGCUUUCUGUCCACGUUACUGGACAAGGUGCAGUCCCAUUCUACAGUCAUCGGUAAGAUCUGGAUGAGCGUUUUGUUUAUAUUCAGGAUCCUGGUUCUGGGUGCCGGAGCCGAGAGUGUAUGGGGAGAUGAGCAGUCCAGUCUUGUGUGCAACACAUUACAACCCGGUUGUGAGAACGUCUGCUAUGACUGGAAGUUCCCCAUCUCUCACAUCCGCUUCUGGGUCAUGCAGAUCAUCUUCGUGUCCACGCCGACGUUACUGUACCUGGGCCAUGCCAUCCACAUUAUCCACCAAGAGAACAAGCUGAGGGAGAAAAUUAAGCAACAGCACGAAGGCCGAAUGCUAAAAACACCCAAGUACACUGAUGACCAGGGUCACGUGAAGAUCAAGGGCAACCUUUUGGGCAGCUACCUUACUCAGCUCUUCUUCAAGAUCAUCUUAGAGCUUGCUUUCAUCGUGGGACAGUACUACCUCUACGGCUUCAUCAUGGUCCCAGAGUUCGCUUGCUCUAAAAGUCCGUGUCCACACACCGUCGAGUGUUUCAUGUCACGUCCAACAGAAAAGACCAUCUUCAUCAUCUUCAUGCUGGUGGUAGCCUGUGUGUCCCUGCUGCUUAACAUAAUUGAGGUCUUUUACCUACUGUGCAGCAGAGUGAGAUGCCGCUCCGGGAAUAGGCGCAUGAGGAAUACCACUUCUGCCGAAAAUCCCGCCAGUUUGUCUUCAUCCUGGCAGCCUAAACUGGGAGCUGAAGAUCCUCUAAAGCAAAACAAGAUGAACAUGGAGUUUGAGAGUCACACCAGGAACAUGAGUGGGGCCAAAGAGGACAAAAAGCUGUUAGAGGAUCAGUAGAUUUAAAAUAUCAACACAAAAACUUCUCUGAAUUUCUUCUAUGAACUAUUAGCUAUUCUGCAUAAAUCAUACUGUAGAAAUAUCACACUGUAGAAAUAUAUGUUCAAGCAAAAAAUGAUGGUUUCUGUAUGAAAUAUUAUUACUAGGUUGGCCCUUUUGAAACAAAGCACUUCCUGGUGUUUCAGUAUUUAAGUCUUAUUCUAUAUGUAUGCUGUUGCUACAUAAUAAUGUUUGAUCCAUUUUUUUGUAUUUUAUCUAUAAUAAAACAUUUCAGUUUAACAUUUUUUAAUCAGCUUAUUUAAUGAAUUUAUGGCAACCCUACCAUAUAAUACCAUAAGUAAUAUAAUAAUAAUAAUAUAUAGGGUGGUGGUAACUCAAGUGGUUAAGGCUCUGGGUCAUUGACUGGAAGAUCGGGGUUCCAGCACUGCCAAGCUGCCACCGUUGGGCCCUUGAGCAAGGCCCUUAAACCCCUCCCUGCUUCAGGGGCGCUGCAUCAUGGCUGACCCUGCACUCUGACCCCAACCCUCCAAGGAUGGGAUAUGCGAAGAAAGAAUUUCCCUGUGCAGUAAUGUAUAUGUGACAAAUAAAGACAC